AUGCUCCAAUACGCUAUUCUGUUAGCUGCUUUGACGGCCGUCAACGCCGAACUUGAAUCGAUUCAAGUGAUCAUGAGACAUGGCGAUCGUGCACCUUCUUUUGCAUUUCCUCACGACAAUAUGGAAAUUCUCAAAGAAUAUUUUCCGCGUGGCCUUUCGCAGCUCACCGAGCAAGGUUUUGAGCAGGCCAAAGAGUUGGGCGAAUGGCUUCGUGAAGAAUAUGCGAUGAAAGUCGAUUUCCUGAAAGGAUUUGAUAGAAAACAGGUUCACGUGCGCUCAAGCGAUAAAGAUCGAUGCAUCGAAACAGCGAUGGGUGUCAUGGAGACAUUGUUCCCCGGCGAGCGUGUCCCAAUCCAUACCCACGAGAACUACAAGCAGGACCUUCUUCUGAAGCCCAACAGUGUGCCGUGCCAAAAGGCGCAACGGCUAGCGCAAGCUGAUAAAAAGAGAUGGAGAGAAAUUGUGAAUGUCGAACACGCCGAUCUUUUCAAUUUUCUCUCAAAGAACACUGGAUGGAACGUUGAUGCCUCAAAUAUUGAAGAUGUCUACAACGUGCUUUAUCGAAAGUUUGUUAACAAUGUGCCUCAGCCGGAAUGGGUGACGAAGGCGGAUCAUGCGAAUCGCACAAUAUUGGGACGGGUCGUCGAGCUCAAAAGACAAUCGCGAAUGAUUUCCUACGACACUUUGGAGAAGUCAAAACUCCGAACUGGCUACCUUGUCGGGCAGAUUUUGAAAAACUUCGUUGGGUCGCCGAGAAAAUUCACUUUGUACGCUUCCCAUGAUGCCACUCUCACCUCGCUUCUUUACAAUCUUGGUGUUUCGCGCCACCAACUUCCACCAUAUGCGUCUGCAGUGAUUUUCGAGCUUCACAAUGUCGACGGUCGGCGAUUUGUGAAGAUGAUGUUCCGCGAUUCGCCGCUUCACCUUCCCACCAUUAUGGAGCCAUGCAACGGCCUUCAACUCUGUCCGCUUGAAGAUUUCCAAAAACUCGUCGAGCCAAGAAUCGUCAAAGAUCGCGACGAGUUUGAACUCCUCUGCGAGAAUCACAUGGAGCCGCUGCCAAUAAGCUACCAGGACGACGAGAUGUCCUCGCUGCUGACCAACAGCCCAAUCCUCAUGGGAUUGGUGUCAAUGAUCGAUUAUUCAAUGCAAGGAGGGAAAUAA